GACAGGUUCUUCCUCUAUGCUUGCCUUUUGGUUCCAUGCCAAAGAAACGGCGAGGUAGAAGAGAGCGGCGCUUGACAAAGGCGAAAUUUAAGUGAAGUAGGUUGCUGGUUGUGAGAAAUCGAGAAAAAAUCGAUUUUUUUUUUCCUUUUUCUUGUUCCUCCUUCCAUUCCCCUUCUCAAACUAACAAAAAUCCUGCGAAUCUUUGAAUCUGUUGGUCUUUUUGCUGUGAAAUUUGAUCGUAUUUGCUUCUUUUUCAAGCUAUUUUCUAGUGAUAUUGGGCGGCUUCCUCUUCUUCUCCCUCCUCUCCGCGUCUGCAUCCUCCUCCGCCGGGAUCGACUUCCGGAUCGACAAGGACGAGGGCUUUGGCUCCGGGAUCAACAGAUUGGCAGGUGGCAUCUCAUGAUUUGGAUCUUUCUUGCUACCGAGAUCCGCUCCCUGGAGAAAAAACGAAGCGUCUGUCGUCGAUGUUCGAGUGUGGUUUUGGUGUUCUGGAAUUAACGGCGUUCUGAGACAUGGAUGAGUGCUCCACCUGGGAAUUGUCCUGGGAUUCGCUUCAUCCAUGUCUCGUGUAGUCGAAACUGUUGGCGAUCACUGCUUUUGUGCCACUGCGCAUUCUCGAGGCGCCAUAAAAAUGUGAGGUUGCAGACGAGGCAAACGAAAUUUGGUGACGAGUCCUUUGGCACAGCAUUAGGGCUUUGUUUUGGGGUGCUGAGUAGAGUGGAACAAUUGCUUCGGGACUCAAAAAGAGUGUGGCAAUGACUUCCUGGUUUGAUCCUUACUUGAACAGCUGAAUUUGAAAUUAGGCUCAAUGUCUCGCUGCUUCCCUUAUCCACCACCAGGUCAUGAGAAGAAGGAAAGUGUUCUUGCAAGCAGCGGCCAUGUCAAUUUACUGGCUAAGCAGAAGCACAAACUGAAAAGGCAUAAAAAGAAGGAUAAAGAAAAAAGAAGAGAUAAACAUCAAAGGAAAGAUAGACACAAAGAGAAAAAAGACCGAAAAGGAAAGCAUAAGAACAACGACAAGCACGAGGAAAAGGUUGGAAACAGGACUUCCAAAGAGAGGGAUGUAAACCAAAUCCUUUUCCGCAAUGAAGGUGUGUAUGAUGGCAAAUGCAAAGCUAGAGAGAUUGAAUAUCGUAAACAUUCUGAUGAGUUGGAUCGCCAGAUCAAAGAUGAACAGGAGAUUGUCGCGACAAGAAUGAUUGACAACUCUCCUACUAAGGAAAGUCCUACUCGUGUGAAUUAUCAAUCAAGGAGAGCAGGAAAAUUCCCUAUUUCAAUUCAAAGAUUCAGUGAGGUCAUUGGAUCUGCAAAUGUGGCACAUGAGAACCAAAGUUCAUAUAGCGAGUUGCUCGGAAAUGCUAUCAAAGACCAGCCAGUAGUUCCCUGUAUGGUUCAACAAAGAUCGGAUGGACUUUAUACAGCAACUACUGUGAAAAGCAAGAAAAUUGAACGUAGCACAAGCACUGCAAUUCCCAGUAAUAAAUUACAAAAACCUGGAAAUGGUAUUAAGGAGCCGCUGAGGGAUCAGUCUAUGGUUGUUCAACAAAGAUCUGAUGAUCCAUGCAGAAAAACUUUUGCUGAAAAGAAAAUUCUUGACCAUAGCAAUGUAACUGUGAAUCCUGGUAGUCAAGUGCCAAAGUUAUUUGGAUAUGAUGGUAAGGAACAACAAUCGGAUCACUUUUUGAUGAAGAAAACUACUGAAAAUAGCAAAGUUGCUGUAAAUGGUAGAAACAAGGUACAAAAUUCCUUUGGAAAUGAUGUUAAGGAACCACUAGUGAGGGAGGCUAUGGUUAUUCAACAAACAUCUGAUUGUCCAAUAGACAUGGCAAUUCCAAAAUUGGAACCCAACGAUGUUCCUGUGAAAUCCAGUAUUAAGGUACAACAAUCUUUCAACUUUGUUGAUCCAUCAGUGAGUAACUUUCCCAGUCUGCCUCAAAGAACAGUUGAUGUUGCUUGCUCUAUGAAAGCAAUUGGUGAUAGGGUAGAUGUAAAGAAGUUUGCUCCAAACGACAUGAUCAUAGAUCAGAAAAAAGCGGUCGGUGUUAACCCAUUAGUGGACAAGGAUUCAUCAGAAAAAAGGAUUGAAGCGAAGGAGAAGAAGAAAGUGGGGUAUGCUUACAAUGAACAAGAAAAUAGAGGCGCUGAUAGAGUUCAAGACAGGAACAAAAAUGAGAUUGACAAACUUAUUGAGGAAGAGAAAAAACUGACAUUAGUUAGGGAGGAAGAUAAGUAUGAACAUAUUAAAGAUGUCGACACAAGAGAACUAGGAAAAAAUAAUGGUGGAAAUCUAGAAUUGUUAGCUUCCCGAAUGGACAAAAAGGGCAGUAAUACGACUCAUGAAAAUAGGAAGAGAAAGGAACUUGGGUUGAAUGGUUUUGUACCAGAGUUCAAGUCUCAGUCUAACAAACUCCGAAAAUCUUCUUCCCAUCUUGAAGAGAGUGGAAAAAUUGAAAACUCAUCCCAAUCUGCUUGUUCCUCAAUGAAGCCUGAGACCAUAAAUAACAUCAAAUCAGGAAAGCUUCCUGUGUGCAACAAGGAACAGAGUGUGAAUGGAUCAAAAGUUACUGAUCGAUCUUCGUUUGACUUGAAGAUACCCACACUUGACGAUGACACAGAAAACCAAGUUUCUUCAAGGCCUCCUCACCCUGAUUCCAAGUAUCUUGAUCUAAUAUACUCUGUUCCAAAGGUAGAAUAUUUGCCACAAGAAGAGGAUUUAUCAUGGCUAUUCAACACAUCUUGUGAUUGUUCGAAGCCAAAGCCUAAGGCUGAGGAGAUACCCGAAGUGUGGGAUAAGCCGAUAAGAAUUGAGUCAGCUGAUGUGAUUGUGAUGCCAUAUGUUAUUCCAUACUGAGAUCAGAUAAUUUUAUCAUCCCCAACAUGUCUACUUCAAACUGGAUUUGCCGAAGGAGCAAGAUGCAUCACCCGCCUGUUUCUCUUGCUCUGUGGCUCUCAAUUCGCUCCACCAGGAUAAGUCACAGCACAUGUUUAGUCAUAUCUGAACUGUACACAGCAAUGCUUCAAGUGCAGAAUAUACAAUGGAGAUAUCGCUCUUACAACACUUGAAUUGGCUUAAGAGGAUUGUUCUUGUUGUAGGUUAACCUGCUAUUCUAUCACCUUUUUUAUUUAAGUAGAUCGAUUCCUAACAUAACAUGACAUGUAAAAUAGAAGAGGAGAGAAAAAGCCAAAGAGGCACCAUAAUUGGGUGGCAUGUUUUGCAGUAGAUAUCAUGGUCACCGAUAUGUGCAUAUAUUUGAUUGCACAAGCUGAAAGUACAUAGGAUAUCAUUCACUUUGCAUUUAAGGCAAUGUUUAUGAUGUAGAUGCUAAUUAGCAUGAGUUUGUAUCUGAUCUUGUUUACGGUCAUGUUUCUUUAAAGAUCUUGUAGCUGAUCUGUAAUAAAUGUUUCUUCAGUGGUGCCAAAAAGUGAAUCUUGAUUUAUUUAAAUAGAUUGUAGCAAGGAAUGGUU